AUUUAUCCCAAAAGUUUCAGAAAACUAAACAAUUAAACCGUCAGAAUAUAUGUAUUAUUAUAUGUAUCAAUGAAUUCUUUAUUAAAGGAUUUAGAACCAAUGGAAACAGAACACAGUAGAGGCUUGGGGAUCUCUAAGAAACUACGAGAUAGAAGCAAUACAGAAGAAAUAUACAAUGUUGCAAAAAAGGCAAAAGUGAACGGAUUUGAAUCAGUGGCACACGGACAGGUGACUGCUGUUGCACAAUCAACGACUGAUCUACAAGUUCCCAGUAUUUCCAGACGUGUGUCGCCACGCUCUCCUAAGAGAAACAUUUCUUCUAAAUCAUCUACAUCUGUAUACGUUCAAACCGAGGAUAGUGAAGUAUUGAAAACACUUGGAAAGGAAGAUAACACAGGGAUGAUUGCCAAUGAAGACAUUACUUACAUAUGGGAUUUUCCUGGUCAGCAGCUCUACUAUAAUCACCCAAUUUGUUUAAAAAGCGAGGCGGUGUAUUUGAUUGAGUUUAAUUUGGUAGAAAAUAUGCAAGGAACGAAAAAGAAGUGUAGAGUCUCUAAAAUGGCGAGAGAAACGAUGACAAAUGAAAUGACAAUAAUACAGAUUAUCAAAUAUCAGAUGGAGAUAAUAUUUACGUACGCCGUCCAAGUUGAGCAGCUGCAGCUAAGAACAAAGAAACCUAAAAUUGUAAUAGUUGGUACCCACAAUGAAGUAAACAAUGAAGAAAAGAUGCAACAGGCUGAAGAACAGUUUAAAAUAUUAUUUCAAGAAAUUAAAGGCACUCCGUAUGAACGUUACGUGGUGAGAAAAAUGUAUCUUAUCGACAACGAGAAAACACUUAAACAAGACAUUUGUGGAUUUCUGAAAGCCAUGCUAAACACGAUUCCACUUACAUGGCAUAAACUUCAACGUCUUUUACAGGAGAUGGGCAGAAAAGCAAUGCACGUACAUUAUAAUGAGGUGUGUAAAGCUGCCACAAAGUGCGGAAUUUUGCAAGAGAAUCUCAUCCAUGCUCUAAACUACUUACACGAUCUUGGAAUUGUUAUGUACUUUCAACAAAACAGAAAACUAAGAGAUACAGUGGUAAUAAACCCAUGGAAGGUCAAUAAUAUUACCGAGAAACUCAUCACAGCAGUUAAAACUGACGACAGGAUGGUCCAACUAUGGAAUAAACUUGAUAAAGAAGGUAUACUUGAGGAAGAGUUAAUCAGAUAUAUUUUGAGAGAAGAGCUUAGAAGAGAUGAAAUUGGUGUCUUCUUGGAACUGAUGAAGCAAGUUGGAUUUACGUGUGAGCAGAUCAAGACUCAAAAGAACGCUCAUCGUUCGUUUUACGUACCCUGUCGAUCGAAAUUUAGUUCGGAAGAGAUGACUAUUACACCGGACAAUGAUCAGACGGUAUCUAUCUACAUGACAUCUGAUGCCUUUCUCUUCGAAAGUACCUAUCACCAUAUAGUUGUCAGGUUAAUUGAAAUGGUACAAGCAAAAUGCUUCUCGGCCACUCCGAAAUUAUUCUACAACAAAGCAAUCAUUGACUUUGGAUGUGAUCACACUCUCAGGUUAGGUCAAGUAAUCAUCGAAAACAAGCCCUCUGUGAAGCUUGAAAUAUCACGUAAGCCUGAGAUGUUGGAGGAUGCUUGUAAGCCUUCAGAUACAGGGACAGGAGGACCAAGUCCUAAUGUUUGCAUACAGGUGUUGGAGUAUUUAGAGAAAGAGUUGAAAGUACUGACGUCUGGAAUGAAGCACCUUAGUUAUAUAGUUCGUGUCCUGUGUUGGUCAGACUUGCAAGAUCACUUUCAUAAUCUGGAAGAGUGUUUAAAGGACGAUAUCCUAUGCGGAGAGAAAAUUCUAAAAACCAGCAAACUACAGAAGCUGUUCAAAAAUAUGACAUAUGGCAAUCAUAUUUAUCUAACAGAUGAAUAUUUGCUUCGUAUCAGCAAAGACAUGGGAUUGGAAUGGAAGCAGUUGGGGGUCAAACUGGGUCUCAGUUGGAACAGGAUAAAUCAAAUAUGGAUGUAUUGCUGUAAACGACAGCCAGAGUGUACAUUAGAGAUGCUUACCGAAUGGAGGAGUCUACAAAAAUACGAGACAAAUCAAGUGAAGAUUAUGGCCAAGGCGUUGAAAGAUGAAAAACGCAUAGAUCUUGCUAACUGGCUCUUUGCCUCACAGUGCCAUGUAAAACCGGAUGAAUGUACAAUACAACCACCACAUAGAACACACUAUGAUGGUUACUUGACGGAUAUGGAUAUGUUGUGCAUCGCCAAAGAACUUAACAACGAUUGGAAAACACUUGGCAUAUAUCUUGGAAUGAAGCAAUCUGAGUUAAAACGAAUUGAGACUGAUUUUGAACCAAGUGUAGACGCAAGUUUAGAAAUGUUGGUAAGAUGGAGAGAAAGACAGAAAGCUAAUGGAAAUCACCUCGAAAAAAUGAGUAAUGCAUUGGAAGAACUUGAAAGGUUUGAUAUCAAAGAUGAACUUCAAACCUACUACCAUCAAGUAAAACACAAGUGUGUGAAAGAACAAGUAUAGGUAGGCAAUAUACUGACAAAGAACGAUUGGUACAAUCAAGGAAAUUGAAAAUCAGGAGCUAUCACAAUGAAGUGUCUUGAAGCUAUUAUCAAAACAGUAAUGAAGACCGAUCGCAAUUCACUCCUAAACCGUAUGCAGUUUACCGCAAGAAAAUGGGGAGUCUACAAUGCAAUAUCCCCUAUGCUCCACAUACUCCACUUCACCUUGAAACGCCAAAAUUGUAUGUUCGGUCCAUGUUCAGAGAUUUUUCGUCCGCUUUCAACACGAUCAAACAGCAUAUACUUCUUCAAAAACUCUGCAACGCCAACGUUAAUCCGGAUCUCUCACUCUGGAUAGGGAAAUUCCUCAUUGCGCGAAAACAGCAUGUAUUGAUUGCCAAUUUUAGUCUGAUUCAACUCUAACAUCUACCAGAGCACCUCGAGGUUGCGUAUUAUCGCCUUUACUUUUCUCACUCAAAACGAACGAUUUACUUUGGACACCCAUGACUGCUGCCUCAUUCUGUAUACCGACGACACAUCUAUUUUAAACUGGUUUCAUUAAGAAAUUUAUAAGGAACAACCUAAUAACUUUGAUUCUUGGUGUAAUGACAACUAUUUGAAAUUUACAUUGACAAAACUAAAGAGAUUAUAUUUGAUUUUAGAAAACAGAAAAAGAACCUGAAAAUAUUAUAAUUAAAGUUAGACUCCGGAGGAAACAAAUAAAAUUGUUUUGUUAUGUUGUAGAACUGAUUUUUUUUUAAGAGAGAAAAGGUGUUUGACGAAAAACUGGGUAACGGUUAAUGAGAUACAGAUUUUUGAAUAAUAUGAAAACCCUUCCUCCCCGCCCCCUAGUUUUAAAUAUUCAAAAAACUGUAUAUCAUUAGCCGUUCCACAGUUUUUCGCAACAACUUUUUUUCUGUCGUACAAAAAUAAGUUCUACAAAAUAUCAAAAUAUGUUUUCUUCUGGAGUGACUUUAACGGAAAGUUUAUUAAGAUUGCUUCAGAGUAUAAGUACCUUGGUACAAUAUUGGAUAAUAAGCUUAAUUGGAACAGUAACACUUUUAAGAUAAAAAAGUAUAAUACAUACUCCAAGUAUUGAAAUGCAUGCCAUCAUGUUGUAAUUUGAUAUUUCGACAUUAAUUACGUCAUCAAGAAAAAUAGUCGUGUGAAAAUGGGUGUACAUAAUUAAUGUUGAAAUAUUUAAUCUAAACACGAUGGCGUGCAUGUCAAUACUUCGAGUAUGUAUUAUACUUUCUUAUCUGAGAUUAAUCGGUAACACAUCUCAUGUCAGUAAACGGGCUUACCAAAUAAAUUUUUGUAUUUAAUAACAGCUUUAACAGAUAACAUCAUAUAUGACUAUAUUUCUUUAUCAACCUGAAAUAUAUAUAUAUAUAUAUAUAUAUAUAUAUAUAUAUUUAUAUAUCAGUGAUUUUUAUGUCCCACUUUAAAAAUAAUUCUUUUUUUAGCAACUGGACAUUCGACUGUAAAGUGUCCCGUUGUAUUGUCAACAAUACAUUUUCUUGAUUCCUUAAUAAAUAAUUUUGUAGUAAAAUGUAGUGUAGGCCUAUUUUGUUAAGUUACUCGAUUUCUUUAUUAUGGUAAUUGGCGCAAUAGGUAAAGGUAGGAGAAAUAUGAGUAAGAUUACAAUGUGUAGUUAUUUUAUUUAAUGAUUGACAUGUAUGAAAAGGUAAAAAAAAUUAGCUUUCAGGAUUAUUCUAGGAAAUCGAUAUGAUAAGAAUGAUCAAGCACUUUCAUUGCUGAAUAUAGAAUAUUAUAUAAACGUAGGUAGAGAAAGCUUAUCAGAAACUUGUUAGGCAUCCAAUAUUUCAAGCCUGGCUGCCCAAACAAAGACACGGAUUAGUAAUAUACAACCGAAAAACUACUGAUCAUCCCCUUAUUCACUCAAAUAUUGAAAGAUUCCGAAGAAGACAAUACCUUAUUUUGUUACUUUUAAAUAAGUAACUAUGUAUUUUUAAUAUACAAGUAAAUGAAUUGAUAAAUUAAAAACCACUUAAAUAAUUUUUAAAAAUCAAUACUGACAAUUAUGGGUAAUGUCAGAAUGAGCUUUCGUGUUGAUAUGAUCAAAAUGGAUUUUUGCUUUUGUUUUUGUCUGUGGUUUUGUAAUGACACUUUUUGAUGUAUUUAAUAUUUUCUACUCAGGCAAUGUAAAUAAUGUGCAAUUUAGAUCCGUCUACA